AUGGCACAGCCUGGACCCAAGGUUCCGUGCCCCGUUCAAUGCUGCCACAAGAUCCAGCCAAGUGAUACCGACUGGAACUCCUACGCAACCACAAUGAGGACUGCAUUCACUCCCAAGACAGCAGUGGUGCCGGAUUUAAUUCGUAAGAAAAGUAUCCGAAGAUUAGGAUAUACAUACUCGCUUGAUGACCCCAUCCCCAAUCAGACCCAUUACAAUGAUGAGUACAGCUGGAAAUCGUGCUCUAAAGAAGAUUUGAUCUACACCGGAACUGAUAGAGGAAUCAAAAGGCACAAAUUCCACCCCAGUCAAGGAUUCUGUCAGUGGACCCUGCCUGCCGGUCAUCGCUCUCCAGCACUAACAGAUAACUGCUUCCCUUGGAAGGCUACAUCGAUGGAGGACGUUAAGAGAGCUCUAUCCAAUCAGUUUGUGUCCAUUAUGAAGAGGGACUAUGUGGACAGAGCCAAAGCUCAGAAGCUUAAGCAAAGUUCUCAAGAGGCACUUGAGUGGAAAAAGUCACUUCCCCAACCUCAAGAAACAGAAUUUCGACGGAAUUACCAAAUACCAGCCCAAAUGCCUGAGUAUCAGAAUUUUAGUUUCAAAUACGGGUGCUACUCAAGCCAGGCUGUUGCUUCUCAGGGUAUAGUCCCUUCUGUGCUUCACAGCUUCAUGAGGAACCAGGGGCUUGUCAAGAAUCAGACCACAUACCAGAGUCAUUUUGGAAAUGCCUGCUUGGAUUUCUUAAUGAUUUUAAACUCACUUAACCCCUCUCAGAUCACAAAAUACCUGAACAAGGCUUCCUACAAAGACAGACAAAUUCUUGAACGCUUCAUUCAUUCUCAUUGUGACCCCGAUCAAGGAAGGCACAGAAAAGGACAGUCGAUCGAAUGA